AUGGCUGAAUUGCAGGGUCGCAAGGUCUUUAAGGUCUUCAACCAGGACUUCAUCGUUAAUGAACAGUACAAUGUCACCAAGGAGCUAGGACAGGGUGCGUACGGCAUUGUUUGCGCCGCUACCAACGUCCAGACUGGCGAGGGUGUCGCUGUGAAGAAGGUCACCAAUGUGUUUAGUAAGAAGAUCUUAGCCAAGCGUGCUCUGCGUGAAAUCAAGCUGCUUCAGCAUUUUCGUGGCCACCGCAAUAUCACUUGUCUGUAUGAUAUGGACAUUCCCCGACCGGACAACUUCAACGAAACAUAUCUAUAUGAGGAGUUGAUGGAGUGUGACUUGGCCGCUAUUAUUCGAUCCGGACAACCUUUAACCGACGCGCAUUUCCAAUCCUUCAUCUACCAGAUCCUUUGUGGUCUGAAGUAUAUCCACUCCGCCAAUGUGCUGCACCGUGAUCUGAAGCCCGGUAACCUGCUGGUCAAUGCCGACUGUGAGCUGAAGAUUUGUGAUUUUGGUCUCGCCCGUGGCUUCUCGAUCGAUCCGGAGGAGAAUGCUGGUUAUAUGACCGAGUAUGUCGCAACACGAUGGUACCGUGCUCCAGAAAUCAUGUUGAGUUUCCAGAGCUACACCAAAGCUAUUGACGUCUGGUCCGUAGGCUGUAUUCUCGCCGAGCUGCUGGGCGGCCGUCCCUUCUUCAAGGGCCGCGACUAUGUCGAUCAGCUGAACCAGAUCCUGCACUAUUUGGGCACCCCGAACGAGGAGACCCUAUGCCGCAUCGGCUCGCAACGUGCACAGGAAUACGUGCGCAACCUGCCCUUCAUGCCCAAGAUUCCUUUCCAGCAACUAUUCCCCAAUGCGAACCCAGACGCGCUGGACCUUCUGGACCGCAUGCUCGCCUUCGACCCGUCAUCGCGUAUUUCGGUCGAACAGGCCCUGGAGCACUCCUACCUGCACAUCUGGCAUGACGCCUCCGACGAGCCCACCUGCCCCACCACCUUCGACUUCCAAUUCGAGGUCGUCGAUGAUGUCCAGCAGAUGCGCAAGAUGAUCCUGGACGAGGUUGUUCAGUUCCGCGCUACAGUCCGCCAGCAGUCACAGGCUCAUGCGGCCCAGCAGCAGCAAUUAGCCCAGCAGGUUCCCAUCCCUGAGAAUCAGCAAGGGGGCUGGAAGACCGAGGACCCCAAGCCGCAAGAAGCGGGCCUCGGUGCUGGUGCUGCGAAUGACCUGGAGUCUUCGUUGCAGCGGGGCAUGGAUGUGCACCAUUGA